AAUCGCUGCUUGAUCCGCUUGCAGAGGGCGAGAUGUUUUGAUUUGUCAAUGCAAUUAAAUAAUUUGUUGUCAUUCGGUGCAUUGCGACGUCUUCGUGGACUACGGAUUGAUAGAGGGAACGAGAUGUUAUUAAAGAAAAAGUACACAACGCACUUUCGGUGAAUUGUCUGCAGAUCACAGUCUUCCCGGUAAAGUCAUUCCCGGGCAAAACUUGGGCGAAAAACUUAGCGGUCACACAUCAUCGCCAUCGCCGUCACCGUGACCGCUAGUUGGUUUUCCACAGGCAAAGAAAAGAAAAGAAAAAGUCCUAGCCUACUGCUGGUGCGAUUGUGAUAUUUGCCGUGAUUGCUUAUCAUUGGACACUGUGUCACAAAGCGGUAAAAACGGUGGGUGCCCGAUGCCUACCGAUAUCACGGACUUCGUGCGUAUUGAUUGUGACCGUGCUAAUCGUACGGGUACGGUUUAGCAGUCGCGCCGCAAAGGUUUAAAGCAUUGGCCUUUUUUCCUUUAAAGGAACCAGCAUCUCCCUAGCAGCAUGAAUGUUCUGGAAAGCAGUACAUAAUACGGGGUACGCAUUUCGAAGACGCCUAUCGUGAGACGGACAAGACUCAACAAGAGCGAUUUUGUUGUUUGUGGUGUCCAGCGAUAGCACAAUAACAUCACGACAACAGUGAGUGCGAAAGAGAUAACGAGCGAGUAGUGGGUGCAUCGAUCGAAGGCAGGAAUCGAGUGAGUGGGGGCUGACGCGGUGUGCGUCCCUGGGCAGGUAAAGAGGUGCAGUUCGACCCGGUCCUUCCCGUCCAGCGAUUAGAAGGGGUGGGCAGUGUGUGUGCAGCCAGUGCACCGAACCGAAUUUCAGUUCUAUUUAGGCUGAUCGACCGGCCGCCAGAGCGUGGCAGCAGACCAGCAACCAUAGUUAGCAGUGAUGAAUAUGAAACCGAAGCAACCGUACGGAAACUCAACCAAUGUGACGAAAAUUUUAACUGGCCGCGCGUACUGGGAUAUGGAGCAUGUGCUCCGGAAGCGGCUCCGAACGGCCCCACAGUUUGUCGACAACAUCGAGCUGGAAGCGGAACUGCGCGGUCACAACGGCUGUGUAAACUGUUUACAGUGGAGCGAUAAUGGGCAGAUUCUGGCAUCCGCGUCGGACGAUUUCCAUGUGAUGCUGUGGGAUCCGUUCCGCCACAAGCAGCUGCACGAUCUGUUAACACCGCACGAGGGCAACAUUUUCUCCGUAAAGUUCCUGCCAAAGCGAAACAAUUCCCUCCUGGUUACCGGUGCCGGCGAUUGCAAGACGUACGUGUUCGACAUCAAUCGACAGAAUGAUGCCCCGAUCCGACACUGCAGUUGCCAUUCGCAGCGCGUCAAGCGUUUGGCCACCUCGCCCCGCAAUGCACACAUGUUCUGGUCGGCCGGCGAAGACGGGCUGGUACUGCAGCAUGACACACGUCUACCGCACGUCUGUCGUGGACAGGAUGCGAACGUACUGAUCGAUCUGCGAAGCUACGUGUUUGCCGCGCCGGAAGUGAAGUGUAUCGCUAUCAACCCACAGCGCCCGGAGCAGCUUGCCAUCGGGGCAAAUGACAUAUACACUCGGCUCUACGAUCGGCGGAUGAUUUCGCUGGGCAAGCUUGAUAAGAGCACGAACUUGGUCGGCGACGCCGGUUCCAAUGGUAACGCGACGGAAAGCAUCCCGAAGGAUGGUUGUGUGCAGUAUUUCUGUCCAGGGCAUUUGGGCAGCAAAUAUCAAGCCGCACAUCAGCUGGGCGAUAUUUAUCAGUACAAAGCGGUCACUUACCUCACGUUCAGUCCGGAUGGUUCGGAGCUGCUUGCCAACAUGGGCACGGACCACAUUUAUCUGUACGACAUCACCCAACCGCGUCAUCCACUGUUUCUAGAAUUGCCAAAGUUCCCUAGCAGCGCGCCAAACGGUAGUACGAAUGGCAGCAAGCGCGGCGGUACGGAAGGAGCAUCCGCUGGGACCGAGAAAACGAAACACAAGUUCCCACCAGAUGUGGAGUGUCUGAAAAAGGAAGGAAACGCAAGCCUGGAGAAGGAUCAGUUCCUGCAGGCAAUCAAUAAGUACACGCAAGCGAUACAGAAGGUGAACGGGAAGGAUUGUGCGAUAUUUUACCUAAAUCGUGCAACAGCCCUGAUGAAGCGUGGAUGGUACGGGGAUGUGUAUGCGGCAGUGCGCGACUGUCACACCGCGUUGCGGCUCGAUCCUCACUACGUGAAAGCUCAUUUCCGGUUGGCCAAAGCCCUGCUCAAGCUGGAAAAGCUGAAAGAGGCACUGAUCUGCCUGGAAGAGCUCAUUCGGCGGUUCCCAUCGUACGCGAAGAAUCCCGGCAUCCUUAUGCUCGAGAAGGACAUAGGGAUUGAAAUGGAAAAGGCUAGCGAACGGUCACAGUCGGGUCGCAGUACGGAAAUUGAGAACGAAAGUAAUGCGGAAAAGGAAAGGUACUGGCGCACGAUGGCGAUAGACUACGGGCAGCGUUAUAUCGGUCAUUGCAAUACGAAGACGGACAUAAAGGAAGCAAACUAUUUUGGCGAUUCAAAUUACAUCGUAGCCGGAUCCGAUGAUGGCAACUUUUUCAUCUGGAAUCGGCACACCGGCAUCAUUCACUCCAUCUAUCAAGCGGACGAGCUUAUUGUGAACUGCGUGCAGCCGCACCCGUUCACCUGCAUGCUGGCGACGAGCGGCAUCGAUCAUGAGGUACGCCUCUGGUCGCCACAGUCGCCGGAAAAGCCGGCCAUGCGACGCAUUACAAAUGUCGACAUUGUUGUAGACGACAAUCAGACUCACAUGCAGAACGAUCCGUUCGAUUCGUUUACACCGGAGCAGGCAAUCUGUCGGGCUAGUUAGCUUCUAGCGCAACUGAUCGGCAGUAUCAUUCAUGUGAUUAAAGCUAGCAUUAAUAAAUUAUUCGCUAGGGUUCGGUUUCCAUAACCGGUUCUGACAAAGCGGUAGAGGAAACCAUGCUCAUGCCCGGUCUGUGGGAAGCGGUGGAGUCAGCUCUGGUUGUACGGCUACGACGACACAUUGUCCUGGGACCUUCGAGACCUAUUCGAUCGAUGCAGAAUUAUUUAAACAUCCCGCAAAACCGCUAAAGAGUCUGGUAGGAACGACAGGCAACAACUACACGUGUUCCCCACCCGAGUCCUUCCCCCAAGCAUCUUCCAUCGUCACGCGUGGCACACAAGAAUCGAUAAUUGGUUGCGUUAUUGAAUCUUACCAAGUCCUGUGUAGUGAAAAGUUCUGUGAAAAAAUGAAUAUUUUUUUAGUAAGAAACAUAUUGGAAUAUUUAAAGCAAAAGUAAUACUGUGUACCGUGUUACGAUUCGAAUCCAACUGCCCAACAGCCUUUCAGUGUGAUCUUUACCUGCUCGAUUGUUUUAUCAGUGAUCUUUCAAACAAAUUCAAAAUUCACCCUAAUUACUUUAGCGUUUUCGAUUCAUAAUAUGAAAAUGGGCUGAUCUAGUGUUGGGAUUUGAAACAAAACCACAAAAAUCGUCUUUGAGAUUUUUCCAUCACCUGUGUUACACUUCUGUUGCAACUUUUCAUGUAAUGACCGCUUUCGAUUCCGAUUCAAUGAGAUUAUCAUGACGUUGAAUCUAGAAAGAGAGAGAGAGAGAGGGAGAUAGAGAAAAAAAACAAUAUUUAACGUAAUACCAUAAAUGGCGAACGAAUACUAUAACGAAUAAACGCAAGUUCCAUAUCCGAACAAACGGAAAUUGUUUGGUGAAAAAUAUGUUACCAGAA